GUUGUUGUGCAGAGCAGCUGUUCAGCCCCUCCCCCUCCUGUCAGACUCUGUGGUCACAUGACUCACUUCCUGCAUAAGCAAAGCUUGCCUGGGCUUCAUUCUGCCACUGGGUUAGACGGCAAGAAUCCUUUUAAAAUGGCGCAAGCUGGGGUUUUCCUUGAGCACGACCAGUUCAACUGUUCCAUAUGCCUGGAUGUCUUAAAGGACCCUGUGACUAUUCCAUGUGGACACAGUUAUUGUAAAGGCUGCAUUAAAGGCUACUGGGACCAGGAUGACUAUCUGGGGAUCUAUGGCUGUCCUCAGUGCAGGCAGAGCUUCGCUCCCAGACCCCUGCUGGGCAGGAACACAAUGCUGGCAGAUGUGGUGGAGAAACUGAAGAAUACCGGGCUCCACGCUGGACCGACAGCGUCUGAUCCGACCCAAGCCGAACCCGGGGAUGUGGAGUGUGAUGUUUGCUCUGGGACAAAAAACAAAGCCUUUAAAUCUUGCCUGGUCUGUCUGGCGUCUUACUGUGAGACCCACCUUCAACCCCACUACGAGUCUCCUGCCUUUCAGAAACACAAGCUGGUCUCUCCUUCAAAGACGAUACAAGAACAGCUCUGCUCUCGCCAUGAGAAACUCCUGGAGGUGUUUUGCCGCACAGAUCAGCAGUGUAUUUGUUAUCUUUGUUUAACGGAUGAACACAAAGGACACGACACUGUUCUAGCUACAGCGGAGAUGAAUGAGAAAAAGAAUGCUCUGGCGGAGAUGCAGAGGAUUUCCCAGCAGAGGAUUCAGGAGAGAGAGAAGGAGCUGGUCGACCUGAGAGAGGCUACACAGAUGCUCUCUCUCUCCGCACAGACGGCCCUCGAGGAGAGCGAGCGCAUCUUCACAGAGCUGGUGUGCUCCAUAGAGCGCCGGCGCGCUGAAGUGACGGAGCUGAUCCGGGGUCAGGAGAGGGCGGCCGUGAGUCAAGCUGAAGCACUCCUUCAACAACUGGAGCAGGAGAUAACAGAGCUGAAGAAAAGACACGCUGAAUUAGGAGAGCUCUCGCAAACAGAGGACCAUAUCGCCUUCCUUCAGAACUGCAGGUCUCUGUGUACUCCGCCUGUGCCUGUUGACUUGCCAAACAUCACCUCUGACCCAAACUUUGGAUCCAUGAUGAUGGCGCUGACAGAGUUCCAGGCUCUCCUCGAGGACGUCUACCAGGGAGGAUUUGUCAAUAUCUCUGAGAAAGUGAAUCAUGUUACUAUUAUUGACAGCACCAAACCAAAGACAGAUUCAGAGUCCAUUACAGCUUCAGCACCAGACUUUGGUCAGGCUGUACAGAGCCCGUUUGCCAUUAGCGUCCCAACAAUUAGUGUGUUUCCAUUCUCAUCAUUUGGAUCCAGAUCACAAGGUCCUCGUCAGAGACUGCAGCCACGUAGGAGACGAAGGUAGCCUUAAGAUCGGCCUGAGAAAUGGCUGAUUAGAAUUCAGUCAAGAGGCCAAAGUCGGUUUGUGGUAGUUUUUUGGAACAUGUACAUUUUCAUGGUUUAAAAAAAAAAA